AUGAAGCCCACACACAAGCUGCUGUUCGUCCUGUGCCCCAUGCUGGUCCUGGGCUUCAUCUACUACUCCUCCGGGAAGCUGCACCUGCACGUGUGGGGGCAGAAGUCUCAGAUGGAGUCGGACACCACCGUGGGACGAAUGGUAGACUCAGUGUACGAUAAACAGGGCUUUCUGCUGCAGCUGGACAUCAAAUUGCCGACGGAGCUGAUGUACAAAUACGGGAACCUGAGCGAGGGCACGUGCAAGCCGGGAUACGCAGCCGCCAAAAUGACGGCCAUCUACCCUAAAUUUGUGAAGCCUGCGCCCAUGUUUCUAGACCGGAACUUCAAACGGCUCGGGAAGGUCAACAGUUACUUGCCUCCAUUUGGAUUUAAAACCCAGGAGAGAAUCAUAGACGGCAUUUUAACAGCCACCAAGAGCUACGGCCUCGGAGAGGAGCUGGACAGUCUGUCCUGUAAGAGAUGCAUCAUCGUGGGGAACGGAGGGAUCCUGGCCAACAAGUCGCUGGGCCCAAAGAUCGAUGACUACGAUGUGGUGGUGAGGCUAAACGAGGCCCCGGUGAGUGGCUUCGGCAGAGACGUGGGGACCAAGACCACCAUGAGGAUCACGUACCCAGAGGGAGCCAUCCAGAAACCCGAGAACUACGAGAAGGACUCGCUGUUCGUCUUCUCCGCCUUCAAACCGCUGGACUUCAAGUGGCUGCGGCACAUGGUCUACAAGGAGAAACUGUGGACUGGCUUUGAUCGACUCUCAGAGGAAGACCGGUCCCGCAGGUCCACAGAGAGCCUCAUCACGUCAUGUCUCGCUCUCAGGUCUGUUCGGAGGUACGCAGCCAGAGAAGCCCCAGACAGUGUGGGAGCACCAACCACAUUUUAG